AUGUGCAUCAAGUUCGGCCGCAACUGCCCCGGACCUAGCAAUGGGCCUAUUAUUGUGGAUAUGACCAAUUCGACCAUCACCGGACAGAAGAAGAAAAAGAAGGCGGAAAAAGAUAUCUUACAAGUCACAUGGGAAGCGCUUCCGGAAGAGGUGGUCUCGACAAUCUCAACUAUGACGAUUCAAAUGUCCCAACGACAUGCGCUGAACGAGAGCUUUUACGGAAACUUCCUGAUUUAUUUCACCACUACCGGCGAGGCAGGCGAUAUAAAGAAUCGCCAGACGUGGUUACACCGUCUUCCGGAUUUCGCGGCUGACGGGAGCAACUGCGCGCUUGAACUCGCAGUACGGGCUACAGCCUCGGCUUUCUCCUUCGCAAAGACGAGACAUCCGCCGCUGAUGCAGGAUGCGCUCAAGCUCUAUGGGCGAUCAUUAAAUCAGCAUUUCCACAUCUUGAGGACGAAGAAGAAAGUUACCAUGCAUACGGUUUCCACGUCCGUGCUGCUAAGCAUAUUCGAGGCGAUGAAUGCCACCACCGCGAGCGCGUACCGGCAGCAUAUCAGCGGUGCUGCAGAGCUGGUCAAACUGGCCGGUCCGGAAGAGUGCUGGAUGGGUGUGCUAUGCCAGUUGUUCUUCCAUAUCAGGAUACAAAUGGCGUUUGUGUACCUCACUACUCGCCAGGAAGACAAGAACAGCAUCUGCGCAGAGGAGGUCCUACGCGAGACUCUGAUUUACGACAGAUUGCCAGUGUUUCAGAGACUGAUUAAUCACAUCGUGAGGCUGACAGCGCUGUAUUUGCAGCUAGAGGAUACUGAAGACGGACGGAUGCCAUAUGUUAUGGAUUUGGAAGAGUAUAUGAGGAUCAAAGGCGACGUCGACGCCCUUUGGCUCGAAUACGAACUCUCAGCCGAAGAGCAAGGCCAGUCUCUCUUCUGGACCACUCCGUCAGGCGCCACCGAGUACCGCGACGCGUACACAGCGCUCUGCGUCGCGUAUUUCGCGUCUACACGUGCGCUGUUCUCUAUCCUAGCUCCACGUCUUGUGGCGAGUUAUCUGGAUUUCACGGAUCACUAUCAACAGAUGUUGGACAUAGCGGAGUAUUUGGGUGGGUUCAAGAUUGGGUGCGCGUUUAUGAGAAUGGCGACGCCAUUGUAUCUUGUGGCGAUGCAUGCGAAAAGAAAAGAGCAAAGGGCUCUAGCGAUAGGGAUCUUCGAGGAAUGGAGGGUGAUAGGAUUGGGAGGUAUUAGUGCAUUGGCUUUGGAAAGUAUAUAUCGGAGACAGGGGUUGGGGAAGGGGGUGAUGGCGAUUUCGUUGCGGUAA